UGCAACACCACGCUUCGCGCCGACUCUUCCACCCAUGCACAUCGCCUGGUGCACAACUUUGUUCAUCUUUAGUCUCGCAAAUGUAGCUGAUGCUCUGAGAUCCGGAAACUGGUGCCCCCGCGCUUGCGAUCUAACCCUUGGCUACGCAACGUUCAACGACACAGAUCCGUGGCUUUCCCGCAAAGUCCGACAAUGCCGAAGCGAUCUGAGAAUCACUUCGUUGUAUCUGUGCUUCGACGAAUUCUGUAACUGGAAUGACGGGGAGAUUCCGAAGUUCCUUGCCGAGAACAGCAAGUGGUGCGACGAGCAUGCGGGUGUAACGUUGCCUCCGUUCCACGAUAUUGUUGAUCGCUGGACUCCAGAGGAUAGAGCACAACUGCCGAGACAUAGCGCAGAGAAGGCUAUCAAAUGGCCAAUCUUGAACACUGCAGUACUGCCAGAGAAAGACUUCUUUGAGAGAGCAUUCACAACUUUGGAUGCUGCAUUCUUCGAGUACGAUAUUCAUCUUGUAUAUGGAUGGUACAUGUACUACUUCUGGGUAAUCCUCAUAUCAUUUGGUAUUGGAACCCGCCUCUUGUCUUUGAUCACCAACAUUAGACGUCGAGAAUGGCAAGCUGUUGCCAGCGACGAGUCAACUGCUCCAAAACACCAACGUGGCUUUCUGAGCCUGCCUCAUGCUUGGAUCAAACGUUAUGUUACCGUACCUGCUGCAUUCGGUGAGCGCUGUUCACAGCCUCUUGGUUGGUGCACAAUACCACCUCGAGCUCAAACACUCACGAUUGCUGCCUUCAUUCUCCUCAACGCAGUUCUGUGUUGUGCAAGCUAUCGAUUGACGGAUGGCAACCUGUACUGGCCAAAGAAGUCCGCUCAAUUGCUACGUUUUGCCUCCGAUCGAACGGGGAUUAUCUCGCUUGCCAACUUCCCUUUGGUAUGGCUUUUUGGCAUGCGCAACGAUGUGCUGAUGUGGUUGACCGGCUGGGGUUUUGGCACUUACAACGCGUUUCACAGGUGGGCCGCAAGGGUAGCAACUUUACAAGCUGUGAUUCAUAGUCUUGGGUACACUCUGAUGAUCUUUGAUAGCGGUGGCUUCGCGCAUUUUCUGGCGUAUUGGAAGAAACACUACUUCUGGAACGGCGAGCUGGCUACCAUCGCCAUGUCACUUCUCCUAGUAUUCUCAUUUUACGGCAUCCGCCGAGCACACUACGAGUUCUUCCUUGUCACACACAUCGCCCUCUCGAUUGCAGCACUGUGGUCAAUGUACUACCAUGUGGAAAUCUUCACCAACGGCGAAUGGAACAUCUUCAUCUGGCCUUGUCUCUUCGUCUGGAUCUUCGACCGCAUGCUUCGCGGUCUCCGCAUCCUGGCAUUCGAUUGGAAGUUCUGGAGUACUAAGGCUAUUGUCAGCUAUGAUCCAGCAUCCAACUUGGUGCACAUGAACGUACCGAUGCUGAGGAACCGCAUUGCGCCAAAGCCGGGCACGUACUACUACAUCUACGUUCUGAAUGAUCUGCUGUAUGUGCACCAGAACCACCCAUUCACACUGGCCUAUGUCGCAUCACCAAAGGAGAACGAGCACAUACGGCUCUCACCAGUGUCGUCAAGACCAUCUACACGUCACUCAAAUUCAGCUUCGUCCUCUGAGUCCGACGCGCUGCUUGCUCCGAAGCAUGCAGAGGUGUCAGGAGCAUCGAUGGUGUAUCUUAUCCGGCCCUACGAUGGCUUCACAUCGCGCCUCAAGAAGCACUGCCUCUCACGUCCCAAAACACUCCGUGUCAACAUUGAGGGACCAUACGGACAUAGUGUGCCUUUGCGCGAGUACUCGAACAUUCUGUUCGUCGUGGGCGGGACUGGAGUUGCGGUACCUUUGUCUCAUCUCGCUCAUCUGCUGGGCUCCGAGUCGACUGUACAAAGUGUAAAGAUCGUUUGGGCAGUCAGAGAACAUGCGUUCCUCGCGUCCAUGCUGCAGGAGUUCAAACCUCUGCUCGGCGACGAACGGUGCACCCUUGAAGUGCACGUUACUCAAGGUGUCGAACAUAAAGACGAUAUCCCUGAUCACACUCCACGCGGCGUGACAAUCGUAGUUGGCAGGCCGAAUGUGCACCUGUCGGUUGAGGGAUCAGCUCAGGAUGCUGGUCAACAGUCUCUUGCUAUCGUAGCAUGUGGUCCUGUAAAGAUGGCAGACGAAGCUCGCAAGGCUAGCGUACAGAUGCUUGCGGAUGGAUUCAGGGGUGUUGACUAUUUUGAAGAGUCCUUCAAGUGGUAGAACGAUCUGCAUACGCACGGCGUUUCGGCAGUUGCUUUUGGAUAUACACUUAGACUAUAUACCACUGCUAUGAGCCCUUCUCUGCAACAAGUUGACU